CUCUUCUAUCGCGUAGAAGUAUUUUGAAAGCGCUUGACCUUUCUUCAGGGAUCUUUGCUCAGUAUUAUUUCUUGCACCUAUACCAUGUCCCAUAUCGUGAGUUUCCUGUGUGCAGGCGAGCCUUCAUAAACAAUGAAACGGGAGAGGUCUUGCAACAAGGAGAGACACUUAUUCAAGAGGAUCUGGCGAAAACUCUAGAAGAUGUUGCCAGUAAAGGUGCAGACUACUUCUACACUGGAGAGUUUGCAAAGCAGCUCGUUCAGAAAGUCAGGGAUUGGGGAGGCGUGCUGACUGAAGAGGAUCUAAAAAAUUAUUCGGCGACAUGGAUGACACCUGUGAACGCAACCUUCCAGGGCUCAUACAAAAUGUAUUCAGCGCCUCCACCAGGAAGUGGUCCAGUGCUCAGUUACAUCUUGGGCAUCAUGGAUGGAUUUCGUUCGAACGAAGAGCCGUGCCUGCCAGACAACGUGACGACAUUACACAGGUUCGCCGAAUCAUGCAAGUUUGGUUAUGCGAAGAGAACUCUUCUGGGUGACAUGAAUUUUGUCAACUGCAGUGAGCUAGUGAAGAAUAUGACGUCCCGAGAUUUCGCCACUGAAGCCAGAUUGAAAAUCAACGACUCGCACACGUUCAACGACCCCAAAUACUACGGCUACGAGGAAGCGCCCGUACAAAAGGACUCGGGAACUGCGCAUGCUGCCUUUUUGGGUAGUGAUGGCGUGGCCAUUACCGUUUCCAGCACUAUAAACUAUUAUUUUGGCAGCCUUGUGCGCACCAACUCUGGUGUCUUGUUGAACAACGAGAUGGACGACUUCUCAAGGCCUGGAAUGUCCAACCUUUACAAGCUAGCUUCUUCAAGCCCCAACUUCAUUUCCCCAGGGAAACGUCCUAUGUCCUCCAUGGCGCCCAUGAUAUUAGUGGAUUCUGCUGGUAAAGUCCAGCUCGCCUUGGGAGGAACCGGCGGGUCGUACAUCACCUCUGGAAUUGCACUGGUGACACUGCGGGCGCUGUGGCAGGGCUACAACGUCAAGCAGGCCAUCGACAAACGCAGGCUUCAUCACCAACUCAUCCCCAACAAUCUUAUGAUUGAGCCUUUGUUUCCCCAGGCGGACGCAGACGCUCUGAGAGGCUUUGGCCACAAUGUUACCAAUAAGACGGGAAGAUUCAACGUCAUUCUGGGAAUUCAGCUACUAAACGGACGCAUCCUUGCCAACUCGGAUUUUAGGAAAGGCGGCGCCGUGGAUGGACAAUAAUAGCAAUUUCUUGCUUUA